CAAGUCAUUUUUGCCAACUUACCCCGUUUGGAACGGAAGUAUUUUUUAGCCUAUCUAUUCUUCUUUCGUCUUCCUUGUCUCGUUGUGUUACUGUACAUGUACGUGCACUACUGGUGUGCGUGCAGAGCUCUGGCGUCGUGUGUGAAGCAGUCGUUGGUGUAUCUUCGUGUAAGCGUCAACAUCGACUGGGAUGGUUUACACACGGCGAUGCCGCGAUGUGGACUUACAACGUGCUGGACCGUGGCUGAUUGUCUUGGCGGCUGUAUUGUGCCGUGCAGCAUGUGCGGAAAGCGAGACGCAAGCAGGAGAUGACUGCCUCACAGGAAACUAUACGUGUCCGGACAAUGCCAGUUGCACAAACGACAAUGGAACAUUUCUAUGCGUCUGUGACGAAGGAUUCACUGGCAACGGGACAGAAUGUGAAGGUAGCAGUGAAUGCUUGACAGGAACUUGUCCUGACAAUGCCAGCUGUACGAACGAGAAUGGAACAUUUCUGUGCGUCUGUGCUGAGGGAUUUACUGGCAAUGGGACAGAAUGCGAAGUGAUUACAUGCAGCACUGGACCCGACGAUGCCUCUGUCGCCGUGAUGGGCUCUCUGACAGUACGCUAUCCCGAGACGGUCCAGUACGCUUGCAAUCCUGGGUAUAGUUACGAGUCGGGGGAUCUUGUUCGCACGUGCCUGGAUACAGGACUACUCUCCGGCACAAGUCCAAUAUGUAUAGCUGUGCAGUGCGAAGACGUAUCCGGAGAGAAUCUUUUGGUCGAGGGAACUGAUCGGUCUUUCAUGUCACGCCUAAGACUUGGUUGUCGUCUUGGCUCGGUUUUGAACACAAACGAGAUCACGACGGAGAUUACAUGCAAUGCCAGUAGAGAAUGGAGCCCCGGGAUACCAGAGUGUAAUAUUGUGAAUUGCACUGACUUGGAUGACCCAGACAAUGGAUUCCUGAGUGAUAAUGUAUUCUCGAACGGAUCGGUUGUAGAAUUCGGCUGCAACGAAGGGUUCAAUUUUUCCACACCGUACAACAGCUUGGAGUGUCAAGUCUUGGAGCAGGAUCCUCUGGAGGGUGUUUGGUCUGCAAGAGAGCCAGAAUGUUUGAUCAUCAACUGUACAUUUCACACUGUAUCAAGUCUUGUACUGCCUUUGUUUGACACGACUGAUGGCCAAUUGCCAUACACAUCCUUCAUCAACUACACUUGUGUGGCUGGGUACGAAGUGUCCAACCCGGAGGAUGAGUAUCAGCAGUGCCAAGCUGAUGGUGUCUGGUCUAGUCAGCCACCAGUCUGUGAAGAUAUCAAUGAAUGUGUUGAAGGCACGCAUGUGUGUGACCCGAAUGCUAACUGCAACAACACAUUUGGUAGCUUUACCUGUGAAUGCCAUCCAUGCUUCAAAGGCUCUGGGGCUAUAGGAGACUGUCUGUUUGUGAGCUGCAGCUUGGAGAAUACUACUGUUCCCAGGAGCAACUUUUCGUUGCUGAUAUCUGCCGAGUCUCCACUACUAUUUGACAGCAGUUCGCUGAACUGCUCUUUUCAGAUCAGCUAUGACUGCCAUACUGGAUACAAUAUAACAUCUGGGAAUCUACGACGAGAAUGCCUGCCUGAUAGGACGUAUUCUGGAUUGAGACCCGUCUGUAACUUUGUGAACUGCACCUACCCUGGACCAGGAUGGUAUGCCACACAGAUAUCCAGUAACCUCACUGAUCCAGAUGAAACACUCAAUACAACAGAACGAGAUAAUUUCUUCUUUCCUCGGGACAUGGUCGGUCCUGAUAGAUUUCGCUACCUAUCCAUGGCGACAUUCGAGUGUCUCGAAGGCUAUGCUCAUCCGCGCAACCUGACAAACUCAAGCCGCUUGUGUCUGGCUAGUGGUAUGCUGGACGGUGAAAUACACCACUGCUUUCGACGGAAUUGCUCAAUUCUAAUGCCGCAGACCAACAGCAUACUAUACAAGCUCAACUUCACGAAUCCAGCAUACCCGCUGAGUGAGAUCCAACAACUGCAUGACGGAUUUGAGGAGGCAUACCGGACGAACUUCUCCUACACAAAUCGAUUCUUCUUUGACUGUAAUCAAGGAUAUCGUCUUGCACAGGGCGAAAGCAAUGUAACAGAGUGCUUAUCGAAUGAAAGCUGGUCACAUCCUGAACCUCCAUGUAGUCCCAUUCCUUGCUCACCUCUACCGACCGUGUAUUUUGCUGACAAAAUCUCAACACAGAUCGGCUCACUAAACGGUCUAUUUUAUGACAAUGAAGUUCAGUACACAUGUGAUGGAGGCUUCACCGGCAGUGGCACACUGAAAUGCACUGAUCCGGGUUAUGAGCACACUGUGAGACCAACAGAAGGAACAUGGAUAGCACUGGAGGAGAAUCCACCGUGGACACCACCUGAUGUCACCUGUCACCUCUCACACGCAGCUCACCAGAGUCAACCAGCCGGCAUGGAUACAUGUAGAGUAAGACCAUGA